AUGGCAUUUUGGGAUAUAGUUACACGUCUAUCUGGUGAACUCUCGACGUCCACUGCGAAUGUUCUUCGAGCUGAGGCCACUAACAACAAUGAACAAGUACUUCCUCUGAGGAUCAAUAACCUUAGUGACGAGGAAUUGCUCUUCCUUACAAGUAAGUUUGAAGAAUUUCUGAUGGAGUUUCGGACUUUCAAACAAAAACUAGUCCCCAUAGAGUUUGUACUUGAAAACUUCAAUACCGAGCUCAGCCAACUAUCGUCAAGUCUUGUUUCUCUCCACCAACAAUCCAACCAACUUUCCCAUAAUCUCGAUUCACAGAAAGGCACUAUCGAGAAGUUGAAUCCCAUUAUCGUUGACCUCAUAAUUCCUACGGACAUGGUCCAGUCCAUUCUUUCUGGCAAUGUAGAUGCCAGCUGGAUAGAGAACCUUCGGUUCAUCAAUGAGAAGUUGAUGUUGAUCAAACAACUAGAAGAAGAAAAGCUCGAGGAACGUCUCAUAACCUUGUACAAAGACUCUGAAGCAUUCAAGCAGCUUAAGGAAGGUAUAGACAUUUUGGUGGUAAAGGCCACUGAACGGAUAAGAGAUUAUAUGAUCAUCCAAAUCAAGCAUUUAAGGUCUUCCACAUCGGAAUCUUCUCAAAAGAUUCAACAGAAUCUCUUGCUGGUGAAGGAAGCGUUCGCUUUUCUUAAGUUCCACCAACCAAAGCUUGCAGACCAGCUUCAACUAGCUUACUUUUACACUAUGAGAUGGUACUACGGCUCAAGAUUCUCAAAAUACCUUUAUGCUUUACAGAAACUCAACCUACGGCAUGUGGAUUCCACUAUGGUGCUAGGAGCUGACGGAGCUACUGGAACAGAGGACAAGUUGGGUUACAUUGGUGGAGGUUUGAAGAGUUGGAUAUAUGCUGGAGGCUCUAGUGCUAAUUCUCAGUCAUCUCCAACAUCGUUUCAGCAUAAUAAAGUCACUCUUCUAGAGUAUUUGGGCUCGGUAGAUAAGCGUCUUGAAAUCAUCAACACGAACUUAGAAGACCUUCAUAAGUCAGCCAUGCCAGCCCAAAUCGCGGAAACAACACCAUUUGGCUACUGGGUUGAAUUUGUAUUCAACCAAUGGUUUACCGCGUUACUCGACAACGUUGUGGUGGAAUACCUUUUCGUGGUGGAAUUCUUCUUCCAAGGAGAAGAAAAGUAUCAUACGGUGGAGUUUUCCAAUCCAGUGACAGGAGAACCAGAGAAAAAAGAUUGGUCUUUGUUGAUGUUCGACAAUGUCUACAAAGUUGGCAGAGAGUUUCUUAGUUGGCUAAUCACACAUAUGCCUUCGAUUUUUCUGGCUGCAAAUAGAGCAUCCACUACUUUAAAUUCCUCCAGAAUGACCCAUACGUUCCAAGGAAGUUGUGAUGUAUACGCAUUACUUCUCAUGAUCCGGAUCAUUCAAACAUCACUGAUCCAAUUACACAACCAAUUCCAUAUUCCAGUUCUUGAAGACCAUAUUAACUCGUUAUUAUUAAUUUUGUGGCCUCAAUUCACCCGAGUUAUUGACUUGAACUGUGAUGCAAUGAAGAAAACUAUAAUCAGAAUAGGAGGAAACAAAGGUAACCUUGCUCCAUCGUCUUUAACACAACAAUUUGGACAAAUGCUCCUGGGAUUGUUGAAACUCAGUAUCAUAGAUGUUGAUGGUACCCGCAAGAUUGAAACUUUAAGAGGAGAACCUCUUUACACUUCUAUUACAAGAUUGAGAAAUGACUUUGAGAAUACAUUAACCAAAGUAAGCAACCAGGUGAAGAACCCGACUGACAAAGAGAUCUUCUUGUACAAUAACUACUUUCUAAUUGUCAACAUCUUGAAGAAUGAAAACCAGGAUACAUCCAAUGACUUUAUUAAUGAGCAGAUAGACCAUUUUGAAAAGCUCUGCAAAGCCUACGAGAAUUCCUAAUCUAAUGCACAUAUACUUCAUAUAUCACAAAUCUUGGCCAACAUCCCACAUAACUGUAAGUAUGUAGAAACACCUUCAAGAACACGCAUAUGAGUGAAGCCGAUUUCCUUUAUCACUUCCAAUCUUUUCAGUUCAUUGAUAUCGGGAAGCGUUUUUGCAACCUUGAAAGCCAGGGUAACGAUAUCAAUUGCAGAGUAUCCUUUGACCCAUAAACCGUCUAGUAAAUCGAUGGCAUUAUCUAUGUCUUGGCUGCUGCAGCAACUUCUAAGCAUCUUUCUAAUCACUAAAGGAUGAGGUUGGUCAACAAUUUUGAAUACGUUUACAUCAUUAACCAUACCAAACCCUGCAACUGUGCUCUGUAAAUUGUUGAUGGCUUGUCUCAUAUCACCUUCAGCUGUGAAUAUCAAUGCUUGAAGACCCUCGGUGUUGAACUGAACGUUCUCAAGCUUGCACACUUCCAACAAUCUCGUUAAUACUUGAUCAUCAGCAAGCUUAUUAUACCUUAGGAUGGCACACCGCGAUUGUAAUGGUUCUAUUAUCUUGGAAGAUUGAUUACAAGCAAAGGCAAAUCUGGUAGUAUUGGAAUAAAUUUCCAUUGUUCUUCUUAACGCUUGCUGAGCUCCAGGUGUCAUAGAAUCAGCUUCAUCCAAGAUGAUAAUCUUAUGUCUGCCCGGAGGCAAUUGAAUUUUGGUUUGAGCAAAUUGCUUGAUUCUGUUACGAACAACAUCAAUACCUCUAUCAUCAGAAGCAUUCAACUCUAAGGUUGCCAGUUUAUAUAAUUCUGGUCCUAGAAGUUCGAGUGCCAAACAAUGAAUAGAAGUGGUCUUUCCAAUCCCUGGCAAUCCAGAAAUAAUCAUAUGAGGCAUGUUACCAUCAUUGGCAAUUAACUUGAGUCUUUCAACCGUUUCCUCAUUUCCAACAAUGUUAUCAAGCUUAUGAGGUCUGUACUUUUCAACCCAGGGAAGUUCCAAGGUCAAAGGGGACUCUUUGGUCAUACUAAUGAUUGUUCUUUAAACUAAGAUCGAAAAUUUUACGCGUUUUAUUUU